UGUGUACAGGGCAGCCGCGUGGUGUGUGUGUACGUGUGUGUGCGUGUGUGUGUACGUGGCUCGGAGGUGCUCUUAACACGCUCACAAGCACCCCUAUACCGCACACACUUAAAGGGGUUGGCAGCGAAGUGGUGUUGAGAAGGUGAUGAAAAAUUAAAGAAAACAAAGAAAAAGGAAAAGAAGUGCUGUUGAUUUUAAAAGUUUAUAUUACUGUGCUCUUUUCGCUACGUCAUUUUUACGCAAUUUACGCUACUGUUCUUUAUUAUACGCCGGUGGUGAUAGUGGUGGUGCUGGUGGUGGUUGUGUUGAUGGUGGUGGUGAUAGUGAUGCCACAGGUGUCUUUAGCUACACGGCACAGCUGAUCCGGUGUUGAGAGAGAAAAAGAGAGAGAGAGAGAGAGAUACAGAGAGAGAGAGAGGGUGAGGCAAGGUAACACACACUCACUCACUCACUCACUCACUCACUCACUCACGGACUCGCCCACUGAUAGCAGCUGAUUGGGAGGAGAGAUAAGAUAGCAAGAAGUGGAAAAAAGCUGCUGAUUGAUGGAAGAUUAGCGUGGCAGAGAGGAACAAGUUGUGCUCUCUGUGCCUCUCCCUGCACCUCCCUCUCCGUCAGUCCCCAGUGGUGUAUGUGGUUGUGAGGCUGUGGCGGUGUUGUGGUGGUGUUGAUGUUCCUGCUCCCCGCCGCUCAAGAGUGUGGUGUUGAUCCAACCUGUAAAAUGUUGUUGGAGGAAUAUACGGUGGCGGACAUGACGGGCAGGUACGUCGAUGGAGGUUCACCUGAGGUCAUUAACCUGGACGAGAAUGGCAGGGUGAUGAACAGCGUGCACCGAGAACCAGACCCCGAUGCCAUUAAAAUGUUCGUGGGCCAGAUCCCGCGCUCCAUGGACGAGAACAACCUGCGGAAGAUGUUUGAGGAGUACGGCGAGGUGUUCCAAAUCAACGUGCUGCGGGACAAAGUGACGGGGCAGAGCAAAGGCUGCUGUUUCGUCACCUUCUACACCCGUAAGGCGGCGUUGGAGGCUCAGAACGCCAUGCACAACAUCAAGACACUGCCUGGGAUGCACCACCCAAUUCAGAUGAAACCCGCCGAUACCGAAAACAGAAACGAACGCAAGCUCUUUAUCGGGAUGCUGAGCAAGAGAUACAACGAGCAGGACGUGCGGGUCAUGUUCUCCGCCCACGGCACCAUCGAGGAGUGCACGGUGCUGCGGGAUAACAACGGCCAGAGCAAGGGCUGUGCCUUCGUCACCUUCUCCACCCGGCAGUGCGCCAUCAACGCCAUUAAGAAGAUGCACCACUCGCAGACCAUGGAGUCUCCAAGUCACCUCGGUUCACAAGUUCCAUCAUCCCCUCAGGGCUGCUCCUCCCCACUGGUGGUUAAGUUUGCCGAUACACAGAAGGAGAAGGAUGCCAAGCGGUUACAGCAAGUCACCCAGAACUUGUGGAAUGUUGCCUCGGCCAACAACCUCGCAGCCUUGGGCCCCCAGUACCUCGCUAGAGAGAGAGAGCGCGGAAGAGAGAGCAUCUCCUCUGCUAACAACCUGGUCACUCUCGGGCCUCAGUAUCUGGCUUUGCUUCAGCAGCAGAUGGGAAGCUCCACCAGUUCUGGAGCCACAGCCAGCAGCCUUUCCAGCCAACUGGGAAACCUUCAACAGCUGCCUUCCCUCAACAAUGUGAGCGUUCAGCAACUCCUGGCAGCAUCUCAGGGCAACUUGGCUACCCAACAAAUGUUUGAUUCUCCAGCUGGGCUGAGUGGCCUUGGCUCUCUAAGCAGCCUCAACCUUCCCACCUCCACCAACGGCUCCCAGGACAGCAGCCUGCAGGGCCUCCUGGCCUCCAUGGGCUCUCAAAGCACAGGGCUGGGCAUGAACGUGCAGAACCUAGCGUCCUUGGCAGCUAUCACUGGUGGCAGCACGACGGGCCUCCAGGCUCUCACUCAGCCAGGUAUCACACUCCCUACCUCUCCCAGCUCCCCCUUCACUCUCACCACUGACCAAGUGCUGACUGGCCUCACCACCUCCACCAGCGGUUUUGCCAACAAUGUGACAGCUGCCACUGGCCUGGGAGCAGCAGCCUCCUCCAACCCGGCUGGGAAGCAGGUGGAAGGACCCGACGGCGCCAACCUCUUCAUCUAUCACCUUCCACAAGAAUUUACUGACCAAGAAUUGGCCCAAGCCUUCUGGCCAUUUGGCAAAGUCAUCUCUGCUAAAGUCUUUAUUGAUAAGCAAACAAACCUCUCAAAGUGCUUUGGCUUUGUAUCGUACGACAAUGCAAUGGAUGCCCAGCGUGCCAUCCAACACAUGAACGGCCAGCAGAUUGGUAACAAGCGUUUGAAGGUGCAGCUGAAGCGAUCCAAAACUGACUGCAAGCCAUACUAACAGCUGCCAUGUUGUGCUGUUCUGCCCCGUGCCCCGUAUUGCCUGCCGUCCGUAUAACAGUGUCUGCGUCCUUCUCCCAUCUUCGUAGCACGUCUCAUACGUACGUAUGUAUACGUAUGUGUAUGCCAUGUGGUUGUAUACUCUUGUGCAGCUGCUGUCAAGUCACUUAACGCUAGCAGAUCACUAACUACCCAGUCAGUCAUCACACGUCAGCCUCCACACCAGGUAGGCUCUGUAACCUCUCAGCUGUGCUUGUCACAAACACAGACAAGCAACCUCACCAUAAGGCUGUCAUUUGCUAUUAUCUGUACAAAGGAAAGAAAUGUUUAAUAUUACUACACUUUAAAUAGCUGUUUAAGAGUAAAUAAUGUAUACUGUCCUUUUAUCCAUUUUUACUGGAUCACCCAUUACUUUAAGGAGAUGGACAAAGAUCAUUACUCGUCAAAGGCUAACUUUCCAGUGUAUGUUGAUGACCAAAAAGUUAUUACAUAACAUUCACUGGUAGCUCCAUGCACAAGUUACAUAUUCACAGUAACUGGCCCAACCCUCCCAACCUGAAAUCAUGAUGAUCCUUUCCAGUUUCACUUUUAAGCAAAAAAAGAUCAUAUUUUAUAAGAGAAGGGAAUCAGUCCCUACCUGGGGCUGGCCAAGGCAGCUCCUAAUUCACACAUCAUAUAUAAUGUCCUCGUGUACUUAUUAUGUGCCAUGGCUUCUUGAAACGUGUAAACACUAAGCAUUGUGUUUUAGAUAUUACAUGGAAUAUAUGUUUUGUAAAUGUGCUAUCAAAAAUUGGAAUGCAUGCUUAUAAAUAUUCAAAUACUGUCUUGUACUUUCAUGUACUGCACAAAGUGAUCAUUAAUUUUUAUCAGUACAAAAGUAACAACUUUUGUAUAUUUAUUGUAAUCCAAGGUCAAUAUUUUUAUAGCAGUCUUUGCAUUGCUUACCUAGAAACAUUAAUCAGUGUUUGUCUUCAAAGAUUUUCUAGAUUUUAGGAUGACAAAUCUUCCAGUCAUUUCAGCUCUCAUCAACACCUUGGCUGGAACACUGGGAGGAGGAGGAGCCUCACCCCACACCCGGGCGUCGCUGCCGGCCAGGGUGCACGCCAGCUCCUCACAGGCGCUGGCGUGCACCCCGGCCGGCCGCUGACCCUUACGUGUCCUCUUUGUAGUGUUUGGAUAUGUAAGACAGCUGUGCUUAGAGUUGGGCCUUAUUGAGGAUGAUAUGCCGGAUUCCUCUCUGGCACAGUUGAAUUUCAAGCUUCAUGAAAAUGUAGAGAUGUACUUAAAACUUUUCAUAAGGAAGAGACUAGUUAAAUGCCUUUGUAGAGGAUUGAGGGAAGGAGCGGAAGAGGCAGGGUGUGGCUUGAAGCUCUUUUUCAGAUCCUCUCGCUGUUUCUGCUGUUUGGAUUUCCUCGGGAGAGUGUCUGAGGCCGGGCCGAGCAAAGACAUUAACUAGUCUAUUGUUGGGAGUUUCCACAAAGAGGGCAUCCCCCCUUCAAUAUUGUUAUUAUUUUUAUGGUUUAUUACUUUUUACCUUCAAACACUUUCUGAGAGGAAAUAUAUAGUGGAAAUUUGCCAUGAUCUUACUCUAGUAUUACUCUUAAUGAAACUAUCCUAUUUUGUUAUGACCUUUUAAAUACAUACUUUGUGGUUGCUUGUAAAAACACAUGGUUAUCCAUCCUUUAUAUCAGAUCCAUAAUUUGAAUCCCUUGAGUUUUAAAAGUUGUAGGAAAUAGCUUACCCAUAUCUCAUCAGAGCAACUACUGCCACCUUCCACAUGCUGCCUGGAGUUCAUGCUAUUGGCUUAAGACUUCAUUACCCGAACAGACAUAACAACUAGGCUCACCGUGAAGCUGUAUAGUAUGACAGAUUACUGUGACAAGAGGCAGGCUAGAAAUAGCCCGUCUGGCAUACAGAGCUUAGGAUAACCAAAGAAAAUGUGUUUGUCUGUGUUUGUUGUAGCUCACAGCCAUGGUAGACUGAGGAAGUGGUCCUUCAAAGUCCUGUAUUAGAUUUUUACUGUCUGUUCCCACUAGAAAAGAAGUUAUACAUGUUAUUUAUUACCAUACUUAUGGUAUGUUGAUGUUCUUUCCAUGUCUCCUGUGUUUCUCUUCCCCCCAUAAAUACUUGAUUGACUGAAGUGGGGUGUUCCAUAGUGACUGUGUGAGGCAGACAUUUCACUUGCCUAUAAAGGUCAAUGCCAUCUCUGUGCCUUUGUUUUACAUUGCUUACCAUUUUGUGCUUAUACUGCAGCUAAGAGAAAGUGUAAGUCCUUGAAUUUAUGUUUACAAGAGACAUUAGAUAACUACCCUGUUACAAUAUAGGAGAGCUUUCAUGUGUAGGUGGAUGUGCUGUUUAAUGUAGUUGUGUUAAAAAGAUAUAUAUAUAGAAAUUAGGUUUAGAGGGAAGUUAUUGAUUUAUUAUUUUUCCUUUGAUUAGUGUUGUAUUCAGCAGUAACAAUGGUAAGAAUAUAUAUCUUAAAUGUAUUUACUAUGUUCUGUUGGGUUUGUUUAUGAAACAAUUAUGUAUGUGUGUAGUCAAUAGUUAGCUGUUUGGUUUUACUUUGAUUUUUCAGGUUGUAUGACUUUUUUUGUCUUGUGUUUUAUUUUUUCCUCUGUGUAACGUGAACACACCUCAAAGCAUCCAUGUUUAUUGUGUUUCUACCGUGGUGUGUCCACUGCCGACUGCAGGAUGUGGGGUAUGAUUAGUCCAUUCUCACAAGGCAUCUUACCUUAAAGCUUUUGUUCUCUUUCAUAGGAAUUAGGAUUGUUUCCUCUGUCUCAUGGUUCCUCAUUAAUUAUCAGUUGUACUACAUUCGUAAAUGGAAAGGUUAAGGUCAGGUGUCUUUUGUUUCUGUGUGUUUACUAGGAAGGUGGUCUCAUUUUUAUUUUCAUUUUUUUGUGUGUGUUGCAUUUUUUCUGCUUUUGUUAACUUACUGUGUGGUAUGAAGAGUUAUUGUAAGGGGAAGUCAUUUUCCAAUUACUGAUUAGAUGAGUAAAUUUUGUUUUGAAACUUAUGAAAAUGACACUGAUUAAAUAAUUUUGGCCUUGUCCCCAAAUUCUAGUGUCCUGUGCUGUAGUGGAGACAGAGUACCCUCAUGACUGUACUUUUCUACCUUAUGUUAUGUUGUGGUUAUUAUGUCCUGUGUACUGAGGUGUAGAUGGAGUAGCUUUUAUUACAGUAGGGGCACGUCUUGAUGCUAUUGAAGAGUGAACCAUGAUUUUUGUACAUGGUCCCAUAAAGACCGAGCGUUUGUAAUGCUUCCCCGCCUCAGCAGCCUGGCAGAGUCGAGGCCCUGCCGGGCUGCCUGUACUCAGGAAAGACUCUCCCGUGAGAGCCGUUGUCCUGUCCCGAUUAACCAGAGGACUAACAUUCAGAGAAGAUAUGUGAUUUUUGAGUCAUUGCCACACUGAUAUGUGUCAUUAUUGUUCACGUCAUACAAGGUAUUUUUCCAUUGAUAGUGGAAAUUUAUAUUAUGUCAGUGGAAGCCCUGUUCACAACCUCUAUAACUUAAUGCUGGAUGCCAAAAGCAUGGCCCCCCCAUUUCAGGCUCUGCAAUGUACUGUGAUUUUAAGACCAGUGAGUGUGCAUUCGUGUAAGUGUUUUGCUUUGUGUGGGUUCUAUAGGAAGGACAAACUUAGCAAGAUGUUUGGCAGGAUUUUUAUUUUUAUUUUUUUCUUCAUUUUUUUCUUGAUAAGAGAAUAAACAAAUGUUUGAAUAGUGUCAACAGGCUUGGGAAGACUGGACUGUGGUGCAGCAUGUGCCUAGUGCCUGCACCACCACCACCACAUGAGGUCUUGGUCAGAUGGUUUCCUAUAUUUGUCUUCACUCCUCAAAGUUGUGAAAUUGGUUGUGUAGGGAUUUUGAAGUGUAUGUUCAGUGCCUGUUUGGGGAGAUUAAUAGUAGUGUAUUGUCUGCUUGCACUCACUCUAAAUGUAUUGGAAGAGAAGUGUCGUCAAGUAACAAUGUAAAUGAAGAAGUGAACUCGUGUAAAGCUGAAUUGUCAUAUUGUCACUCCCACUUGUGUUUGCUGUGCAAGUCCUCAAACUUUUCACAGUUACCUAAAAAGACAAAAACCUGUGUGUCAUAAAAGAAACUAUCAACUCUUUCUUUAUCUUGGGUGAUUCAGUUUGCUCAGUUUGAUUGACUAAAAUUACAGAUUCCAGGUACAGCACAGUCAUAAGUACAGUAUAGUAUUUUGUUGCCUGUUACUUGGUGUUCAAAGCCAGUGACUCGAGGCCCAUUCACACCCGGUCGGGGCUGCCCAGUGCAGAGACUAAGAUGGUGGUGCAAGAGGACAAUACCAACGCGUGAGUAGUUGUAAUUUUCUACUUCCAAACAGCCAACCCGUAAUUUUGUAAUGAAAUGUACAAGGAUAUAGAGGCAGAAGAAUAAAGUAUUUUCAAAGGA